AUGCUGGUGAUCCAGCAAUGCUGCCGCUACCCGGGGCAGCGCGAGCACGGCGCGGACGAGGCAGAAGGGCCGCGGUCCUGGCGCUCGGAACCUAAGCAGCCAGUUCUUUUCUUCCAUCUUCCUCUCAUCUCGGGAAGCUCCAUCCCUAUUGGAAUAGGCAGCAAUCAUUCCAGUCUCUAUGAGCAGAACAUUCUGCCCUGCAAAAAGGAAGAACUGCAGUGCGGGAAUGGACUCUGCCUCUUAAACUGGCUACGCUGUCACUACAAGAAGGACUGUGGCAGAGACUACAUGUCCAUCAAACUAACAUGUUCAAAAGUGCACCCGAACCAGAGCAGCCUGGCCAGCGAGUUCCCCAGCUACAGCGAACAUGGCAGCGACCCCAGCCUGCUCGUGUCCCCGCUCCUGGUGGCCGGGGUGGUCAUCGGCCUCGUGCUCGUCCUCUCCUGCGUCACCAUCAUCGUGGGCAGCCUGCGCAAGGACGGGCGGCUACGGCACACGCAGCUCAGGAGAGACGCUAGUUAUGCUCCAGAUGGCUUCUCCUAUGGUGGCUCUUUUGGAGAGCUGAGAUCCACAUGCAUGGAGGAGUUCCCACCAGCUUUCGAGUUCGCUUCCUAUCUGGAGACACUUUCUCGGGUCAACGUCCUGUAUCCGGAUUCACCGCCCUGCUACGAUGAGUGCGUGGGCCCAGGCGCAACACAGAUCUACAUUCCUACAGAUGAUCCUCCCCCAUAUUCGCUUACGGACCCUUGUCACAGAGGCGCAGCAGCCAGAGACCCCGGCACGGCCGAGGAGGCAGCACCGGGAGCGCCGGCGGAGGCUGCGGGACUGCAGCACUGGCGGCAGCCCCGGCCCCUCUCCCCCCUGUCCCUGGAGGCUGCGCCCCUCUACGAGGCACUGCUGUGUGAACAGAACGUCCCCCUCCCACAGGCCCCCGUGGACGCACUGAAAACCUCUUCCACAGACUGUGAGACCCUGCUGAGCCGGAUCCUGUGACUCAAGGGGACGUUUCCCUUCCACUCUUCCAAAGGACUCAGGCCGAGAAAAACAUUUACAUGGAAGAACAAAACCUCUGUGGGUUUAAUCUAUUUUAUAUUUUAAUACUCUAAGU